AUGAAAUGCUAUAAAAAUAUAGUGACCGCACACACGUUUCAUCGAGUAGCAUGCCAUGUUCAGGCUGCAAAGGCUACACAAUGUCGAAACUCGAGCACGACACAGGUCUGGCUCAAUCGUCAACGACGAGACCCCUUCGUCAAAGCGCGUGGAAACUAUCGUUCCCGCUCGGCAUUCAAGCUCAUCCAAAUGAACGACCAAUACAAUCUCUUUCCAAAAUCUACCAAGGCUAAAGGGUCAUUUACGGUUGUUGAUUUGGGAUGCGCCCCGGGUGGAUGGUCACAAGCUGCAUUGCAUCUAUUAGAGCAGAAAACCCCAGCACCGGACGAGAACGAGAAUUAUGUCUCGGAUAUUGACGAAGAAGAGGUGGAAAGCCCGAGAGUAAUCGGUGUGGACCUUCUUGCAACGGACCCGCUCUUGGGGGCUCGUUUCUUACAAGGCGACUUCCUCGACGUGUCUGUCCAACAAAGACUGCAAGGGGAUCUAGGAGGUCGCCAUGUUGACAUGAUAUUGUCAGACAUGUCUCCACACAUCCGAGGCAACCGAAUCGCGGAUAUCGAGGCGUCGCUGGAACUCUGUCGCUCUGUUCUUGCGUUUACUCAGCGCCAUCUUCGCCCAGCGCCAGGAAAGGACUCGAGGAGUGGCACUCUGAUACUCAAGCACUUUUCUGGUCCAGCAUUCGAGGAGUUUCGAGAGAAGGAACUCACUCCCUUGUUCUCAAAAAAGAUCAAAUACGCUAAACCUGAGGCCAGCCGACAGAAUUCUUCAGAAGCGUAUUUCGUCUGUCAGGGUUACAAAGGACAUACAAUAUAA